AUGGGAAUCGACUGGACAACUGUUGAUUUCCAGCCACUGGGCAGGGAAGCAGAAGCUGAAGCGGCGCAAGAUGACCUGCAACCAUCAGACCAGCCCGCCCCGCCCCCCGGCUUCUCCGCCGGAGGCUACCAGCAGCAGAAGCAGCCCUACGCGCCCGCCGAUCCGUACUACGCGCAGGGGUACCAAGCCGCCCCAGGUUAUGGUCCUGUUGUUCAAGGUAGGCCUGUUGAAGGAAGACCCGUGAGAAUGCGGCGCCUUCCAUGCUGUGGGCUCGGCAUGGGCUGGCUUCUGUUCAUUGCCGGCUUCUUCUUGGCUGCCAUUCCGUGGUAUAUUGGUGCUUUCAUCCUAAUCUGUGUCCGGGUACAUGACCACAGAGAGAAACCAGGAUAUGUUGCCUGCACUAUUGCUGCUAUAAUUGCGGCCAUUGUUAUACCCCUUGGAGUAACAAAAGGAACAGACUCAUGGUGAGCCACCACCAGCUCUUGGCAGGCGGUUCUGUUGCUGAAUAUAAACAUCGUUAUUUCCGGACUAAUUACAUGAUAGGUUAUUACAAAGUCUGCUGGUUGUAUUUCAUGUAUGAGUGUGUCUUGUAUACAUAUAUGUACAGUAAAAAGAGUGGGGCUGCAUCUUCGAUGUUCUCUUGUAUCGAUACUUGAUACUUAUAGUGUGUAAUAAAAGCUCGAAUGUACAACACAUAUCUUUCUCGAGGUUACCUCUCGUUCAAAUUCAGUACUACAAGGUACACGCUGCAGCAUUCUACAA